GAGCGCAAAGUCUUCUCAGCUCUCUAGUAUAACUACAUCCAAUUCUUGAUCUGCGUACAUCUUGGCUCUAAACUCUCUUGUUGUGCAAGAUCCUUCUCUUCAAUCAAUCAACUUCCUUGGUUUCUGAAUAUUACUAUUCUUUGUUUCGUGCGGAGCAAUGGCGGACGCUGAGACAUUCGCUUUCCAGGCAGAGAUCAACCAGCUGUUGAGUUUGAUCAUCAAUACUUUCUACAGCAACAAGGAGAUCUUUCUUCGUGAACUCAUUAGUAAUUCUUCUGAUGCCUUGGACAAGAUCAGAUUUGAGAGCUUGACUGAUAAGAGCAAGCUCGAUGCUCAGCCAGAGUUGUUCAUUAGACUCGUGCCUGACAAGGCUAACAAGACUCUCUCUAUAAUUGACAGCGGCGUCGGGAUGACCAAAGCUGACUUGGUGAAUAAUUUGGGUACAAUUGCGCGAUCUGGAACCAAGGAAUUUAUGGAAGCUUUACAGGCUGGGGCUGACGUGUCCAUGAUUGGUCAAUUUGGCGUCGGUUUCUACUCUGCUUACCUUGUUGCAGAGAAGGUUAUUGUCACCACAAAGCACAAUGACGAUGAGCAGUAUAUCUGGGAAUCACAAGCUGGUGGCUCCUUCACUGUUACAAGGGACAUUAGUGGAGAGCCACUUGGCAGGGGUACCAAGAUGACUCUCUUCCUCAAGGAGGAUCAGCUUGAAUACUUAGAAGAGCGGAAAAUUAAGGACCUUGUGAAGAAACAUUCUGAAUUCAUUAGCUACCCCAUUUACCUCUGGACUGAGAAAACAACUGAGAAAGAAAUUAGUGACGACGAAGAUGAUGAAUCUAAGGUGGAAGAAGGUGCUGUUGAAGAGGUUGAUGAAGAGAAAGACACCAAAUCAAAGAAGAAGAAGAUUAAGGAGGUUUCUUAUGAAUGGCAGCUAAUCAACAAGCAGAAACCCAUCUGGUUGCGCAAGCCAGAAGAGAUCACCAAGGAGGAAUAUGGUGCUUUUUACAAGAGCUUAACCAAUGACUGGGAAGAGCACCUUGCUGUCAAGCAUUUCUCUGUUGAGGGUCAGCUUGAAUUUAAGGCCAUUCUCUUUGUCCCUAAAAGGGCACCAUUUGAUCUCUUUGACACCCGCAAGAAGAUGAACAACAUCAAGCUCUAUGUCAGGAGGGUGUUUAUUAUGGACAACUGUGAGGAGCUUAUGCCUGAGUACCUUGGAUUUGUCAAGGGUGUUGUUGAUUCUGAUGACUUGCCACUCAACAUCUCUCGUGAGACGCUGCAACAGAACAAAAUUCUGAAGGUAAUCAGGAAGAACCUUGUGAAGAAAUGCAUUGAAAUGUUUAAUGAGAUUGCAGAGAACAAGGAAGAUUAUAACAAGUUCUAUGAGGCUUUCUCAAAGAAUUUGAAAUUGGGUAUCCAUGAAGACAGCCAGAACAGAGCCAAGUUGGCUGACCUUCUCAGGUACCACUCAACCAAGAGUGGCGAUGAGUUGACAAGCUUCAAGGAUUAUGUCACCAGGAUGAAAGAAGGUCAGAAGGACAUCUACUACAUUACUGGUGAAAGCAAGAAGGCUGUGGAGAACUCUCCGUUCUUGGAGAGACUCAAGAAGAAGGGCUAUGAAGUCCUCUUCAUGGUUGAUGCAAUUGAUGAAUAUGCAGUUGGUCAGUUAAAGGAAUAUGACAGCAAGAAGCUGGUUUCUGCUACAAAGGAAGGAUUGAAACUCGAGGACGAGACUGAGGAAGAGAAAAAGAAGAAAGAGGAAAAGAAGUUGUCUUUUGAAAACCUUUGCAAGACAAUUAAGGAAAUCUUGGGCGACAAAGUUGAGAAGGUGGUUGUUUCUGACAGAAUUGUCGACUCCCCUUGCUGUUUGGUGACUGGGGAGUAUGGCUGGAGUGCUAACAUGGAGAGGAUCAUGAAGGCUCAAGCCUUGAGGGACAACAGCAUGGGCUCAUACAUGUCAAGCAAGAAGACAAUGGAGAUUAACCCUGACAACGGAAUCAUGGAGGAGCUUAGAAAGCGAGCUGAGGCUGACAAGAAUGACAAGUCGGUUAAGGAUCUAGUGAUGCUGCUAUUUGAGACUGCUCUGUUGACAUCUGGGUUCAGUCUCGAUGAACCAAACACAUUCGCCUCGAGGAUUCAUAGGAUGUUGAAAUUGGGCCUCAGCAUAGACGAGGAUGACACUGCAGAGGAUGACACUGACAUGCCGGCUCUGGAGGAAGAUGGUGCUGAGGAGAGCAAGAUGGAGGAGGUUGACUAGUUUUAUUGUGUGCAAUAGUUGUAUUCUUCUGCAUUUGGGUGUCUAAUGAGUCAUUCGAGUGUCUUGUAAGUUAUCAUUGUCUUGUUUCGUUUUGCAAGGUCUUAAACUGGUGUUAGUAACUCGUUGUCCCAUUUGUAGCUUGCCAAAGUGCCAAUGUAAGGCUGUUUCACUAA